AUGCAGAACUCAUGUGCCCGAAUUUUGAACCUUUCCUAUCAAGUGAAGGUGACGUUCUAUGAUACUGUGAGAAACGAGAAUGCUCCUAUAGAACCUCUUCAUAAUCGUUCCUAUCUCAUAACAGGAAGAGUGAGAGUUGUUUGCCGUCAACGAUGCUUCCACACUCAUCAAAAACUCAUAAUUGCUAAAGCAGUACGCCUGCACCAACAUUUCAAGGCGCUCAGCAAUGUACAGCUUAUGUGA